UGUGCCCAUGUUCAGAUUAUAGCUAGCCUAGCUAACACACACCCAAAGUGCCUACUUUUUCUUUCUCUCUGAACUUACCAUGAGUACUACUCUUUCAAAAGCCUACGGAGAAAACCCUCUCCAACUUCACCAUAUUAUUCCCCUUGAUUUUCACACAGUUCACGCAGUCCCAGACUCUCACAUAUGGCCUCAAUCUGACGAUGACUUCUCAUCUGGGGUCACACCCAAUGAAGAGUCAUCAAUACCCAUUGUUGAUCUCAUGGAUCCAAAUGUUGUGGAGCUUCUAGGUCAUGCAUGUGAAACAUGGGGUGUGUUCCAAGUCACCAACCAUGGCAUACCCUUGAGUCUCAUAGAGCAUGUUGAGUCCGAGGCUCGGCGAUUCUUCUCUCUCCCGGCUCAUCAGAAGGAAAAGGUCUUAAGGUCCCCUGAGGGAGCCACCGGCUAUGGCGUGGCUCGGAUAUCGCCAUUUUUCUCUAAGUUUAUGUGGCAUGAAGGGUUCACCAUUAUGGGUUCUUCGGCUCAUGAUCAUGCUAGCCAACUUUGGCCACAUGACUAUACACAUUUUUGUGAUGUGAUGGAUGAGUAUCAGAAGAAGGUGAAAGCCCUAGCUUACAAUCUCUUCCUUUUAAUACUCGAGUCAUUGGAUAUCUCCAAAGAAGAGAUGGACAGGGCAACAUCAGUUGGUGAGUCUGCAGGAGCAUUGCAGCUAAACUCUUACCCUCCGUGCCCGGACCCGGACUGUGCCCUAGGUCUUGCUCCACACACUGACACACUCCUCCUCACUGUUCUACAUCAAAGCGACACCGAUGGCCUCCAAAUCUUCAGGGAAGGUUCCGGGUGGGUGACAGUGUCGCCGGUGGCUGGGGCACUUGUCGUCAACGUCGGUGAUCUCCUCCAUAUCUUCUCCAAUGCUCGGUUUCAUAACGUUUAUCAUCGGGCUGCUGUGAACCGGUCUAGGCAUAGAAUAUCUGUUGCCUACUUCUAUGCUCCCCCACCUGAUUCUCUAGUGACUCCAUUUUCCAAGCUUGAGUUUCCGCGUUAUCGAUCAUUGACAGUGAAGGAGUAUGUUAGGAUCAAGGCCAUGCAUCUUGAGAAGGCCUUGUCUUUGAUUAGAAUUUAGCGGGUUCUUAGUUUGGAGAUGAAUGAUCAUUAUGUAAAAUUUAUGUAAUGAAAAUUUUAAGUUGUCAAGUUUUUAAAUUAA